AUGGCCCUUCAGCAGGAUGUUGGGAGCGCCUGUUUGACAUGUGCAUCUGAGUGUCCUGGAUUUAAGCUUCAUUCGUGGAGAGCUACAUGUACCAACUGCCACUGUUUUUAUGACAAGCACGAUGUUACUGAUUCAUCGAAGGACACAUUUGUAGCCGAUCUACAACUAGCUGAUGCAAAUUUGCUCAGUGCCUAUAACACAGCCCAAAUUACUGCAAAGGAGAAUGGGCUGACUUGGCUCCCAAUCGGCGUUCUUCCAACAGACAUUGACGCUUUCCUCGCUAGUCUUCCUUCAACUGAGGUUCCCCGUGGGAAGACCAAUGCAGAAGCUCGUCUAAAACGCAUUCGUCGUCAGAUCCCCCCACAGGACCGUGAGCCUGCUGUUUCUCUCAAAACCUCAAAACUUAACCUUCCUGCUUCCGGUGCCCCCACUAACCUUGACGGCGAAGUCCGUGAGGCCACGAGAUUUCAGAACUCUCGUAACCGCCGCGAUUUCGGUUUAGGCCGAGUUGAACGCGUUGCAGACAAAAGCGGCAUCACCUGCACAGAGUGCUCUGAGAAUAUUGGCUACCGCGAUUUCUGUGUCCGUGUCCGCGCCGAACACCGUCUAACAGAUGCCGUUGAUAGCGACCAAAUACCCGCCUGGCAUCCGCGUUGUUUCCGGUGUUCUAAUUGUUCAGACCACCUUGUUGACUUUGCCUACGGUUGGCUUAACGGCAAGCCAUAUUGCCUCCGUCACUACGGCCAGAUGAUCCGACCACGGUGCGCUACUUGUGAUCAUCUUAUUUUCUCAGAAGAGUAUACCCGCGCUAUGGAUCAGGAGCACCACACGAGUCACUUCGCCUGCUGCAGCUGUGACGCCUCCCUAACCGGCCAGCGCUACAUCCUCCGAGAUGAGGAGCCGCAUUGCCUGGCCUGCUACGAGGCUAAAUUCGCCAACACAUGUGAGCAGUGCAAGGAAAAGAUUGGCUGCGACUCCAAGGACCUCUCCUUCAAGGAGCGUCACUGGCACGAAAAGUGCUUCAAGUGCUCAGUUUGUGACGCCUCUCUCGCUGAUCGCCCCUUCGCCACAAAGGAAGACCAACUAUACUGUUCUGAUUGCCACGAUGACCGUUUUGCCGCACGCUGUGAUGGUUGCCAGGGCGUCUUCAAGGCAGGCAUGCGCAAGUACGAGUACCGAGGCCAGCAGUGGCACGAGGACUGCUUCGUCUGUGUUGUGUGCAAAAAGCCCAUUGGCGCCAAGAGCUUCAUCCCUCGCGAGAACCAGGUCGUCUGUGUGCCCUGCUACGAAGCCAAUUACGCGCAGCGUUGCACCAAGUGCUCGGAAGUUAUUCGUCGUGGUGGCGUAACUUACAAGGCAAACCCUUGGCACAAGGAGUGUUUCACAUGCACAAGUUGUGGCAAACAACUUGCUGGACUCAAGUUCACCUCCAAGGAUGAACAGCCUUAUUGCGCUGAUUGCUACGGGGAGCUUUUCGCCAAGAAGUGUACCAAAUGCUCCAAACCAAUCACCGGUUUCGGUGGCUGCAAGUUUAUUUCGUUUGAGGAUCGUCAUUGGCAUUCGGAGUGCUUCACGUGCAGCAAGUGCAGCUGUAACCUCGUAGGCCGGGGCUUCCUGACCAAUGAAGACCAGAUCAUGUGCUCCGACUGCGGUCGCUAA